CCCGUCGGAGUUGCCUGCCGUCUGCAGCCUCUGGGUCGUAGUGGUAGGACACAGGCCCGGCUUCAGCCCGGCACGUCCUUCUCCAGCGCGCCUCCCCUCUCUCCUAGCGACCGGCCGGCCACCUGCAGCCACAUCGCCCUCCAUCGCCUCCGUCGCGCCACCGAGUCGAUUGUCUCGAGCGCACAACACCCGGCGGUGACCUUGACAACCAAUCACAGAGGAGCCCGGCCACCCCCUGCGUUCUGCGCAAACGUUGCGAAACAGUCAAACAGAUCCCCAAUUCGCCGCAUCCGACUUGAUGGACGGCCGCCGAAGAGGCGAGCGGGAGGUGAACCGUUGGCAUACUGGUCGUGAGGAGGCGCGUGAGAGGGACUCCGGCUCCUCCUCCCCGGCUGCCAUCCUCCUCUUUGCCCUCAUCGGCGCCACUGUCACCACCGCCGCUGUUGGUCAACUGCGCCGCACCUUUGGCUGGUUUUACACUCAGCUUAGCAGAUCACAACCAUAUGUCUACUGGGAAGACAUGCCUCGUGGGCCGAAUAGGUGUGGUGAUGCGUGGCGAUAUUACCGGAGGACUCGUGAGACGAACGAGGAUCAGAGGAAGAGAGUGGAACGCAUCAUGCACAUGCAAGAUAUGUUCAAGAAGGAGAGAAGUAAAUGCCGGGAUUAUCGGACUCGCAAUGGCCAUAAUCCAACCUAUAAUCAGCAUAGUCGAAGAGAAGACUGGUAUGAAGAUGCAGAAACAUUUUAUGCUAAUCAAAGAGCAAAUUUCAGAUCAAGGCCCAGGGAAGCUAUGCAGUACAGUAUGUCGCAUCACUAUUCUGUCUUGGGCCUAAACAGGUCAAGAGCAGAACCAUUUUCAGAUGCUGAGAUUAAGAAUGCGUUUAGGAGAAAAGCAAUGGAAUACCAUCCAGACCAAAACCAAAACAACAAAGCGGUUGCUGAGGAAAAAUUCAAAGAGGUCAUGGAUUCUUACGAAGCAAUAAAAUUAGAAAGGCAAAAUGGAAGUUGCUGAGCAAACUCAUGAUGUAGGACUUGCAUCUUGGCGUUUGACACAAAGAUAAAAUGUGUCCAAAAAUUCCUCCUAUUUUAUACCUUAUUGAUUUAGUAUGUAGCAUCAAAUGGCUCUUUUUGUUAUUGGUUCUGAUCCUCUAGCUGCCGGUUGACUAUGUUUUUUUAAUUGAGUAAUGGUCAAAACAAGCUGAUGGAGACAAUGUGUUUAGUACGUAGAAGAGUUUUGCUCUCGCUGACAGGAUAACGAAUUCUGAUGAUAUACAAAACGAGGAGUUUACUGGCUUGUCA